GCGGCGUCACAGUGCGGGAAGAAGACAUGUACUGGAAGUCAGCACACGGCAAAGACAUCAAAAUAAAGAUGGAAGUCUGCCAGAGUGGCUACUACUCGGAGGACUUUAGGACCCAGGAGGUGCCGGCGGGCUUUGACUUCGCGUCUUAUGACUACCCUGGUGAAGAUCUGUCUUUUCUGUUAGACAGCAAGCCGCCUGGACAGCCGCACUAUCCUGUUGAGAGCUGCUACGCCGCGCUGCCCAAAGUUGGUUCCUCAAGCGACCUCUUCAACAUGGACUCCUACCAGGACUUCAACUGGUGGGCUUCGUAUCCUCAAGCAGACGGGCUGAUAGUGGAGCAGCCCCAAGCCGCCCCUCAGACCUAUCAGAGCCUGGGGCCACACAGCGGACAGUUCAGCCCGGCCGUGGAGGGCAGCCACAGCCCCUUCCUGACUGGGAAAGCAUCAAACGCGUCACAAAGCGAGUCAGAGUCCGGUUACUCCCGUCACUCGGGCGACGUCUACGACUCGGACGGUCAGAGGAGACCCUUUUGGUCCGAAUACUCCUCAGCCAGCUUCAGCACCGCCCUGCCACAUCCCUCCGCACCUUCCAUAGGCCCCGCCCCCGCCAGUCCUCAGCCAUCAGAGCACUACUUCCCCCGUGUGGUCAAACGCAAAAACCUUCCACGGCCCGAGAGGGACAGCCACAUGGCGGCCAUGUCCGCCUAUCCAGGUUCUGGCCCGAUCCAGCUGUGGCAGUUUCUACUGGAGCUGCUCCUGGACUCCACCUGUCGCACCUUCAUCACCUGGACCGGGGACGGCUGGGAGUUCAAGAUGUCCGACCCAACUGAGGUGGCCAAGCGCUGGGGUCAAUGCAAGAACAAACCCAAGAUGAACUACGAGAAGCUGAGCCGGGGCCUCCGCUACUACUACCACAAGAACAUCAUCCACAAGACGGCGGGCAAGCGCUACGUCUACCGCUUCGUCUGCGACAUCCAGGGCAUGCUGGGGAAGACGGCACAGCAGGUUCUGGCCAGCCUCGACAUUUUGCAAAGCGGCACAGAGUCGUGGCCGUGCCACACGGACUCCACGGCAGCGGCUGGCGCAGCGGCCCCGCAGCUCAGCAGCGAGCGAUGGGAGUGAGGCGGCGCCGGAUGCGGUUCCACAGGCCACCAUGUUUCAAAGUAAACCCCGCCUCCUCCAACCAUGGCUCAAGUACCGUGAGUAAUGUCGCAGGGACUUGUCGACCGUAGGGUUGAACAUACAUUCGCAUUCACCCGAAACAUCAACUUUUUAGCAAAAGUCACACUAAUACUGUGAGAUUAAAGUCAAACCAUAUAUUUAAAUAAAUAAAUAAAUAAUUGUUGCCAUUAGGGAAGGGUACCGAAUUCAAAACUUUUAUAGGUAUCGUUUAGAGAUGGCCGAUAAUAUCGGACUGCCGAUAUUAUCGGCCGAUAAAGGCUUUAAAAUGUAAUAUCGGAAAUUAUCGGUAUCUGUUUCAAAAAGUAAAAUGUAUGACUUUUUAAAAACGCCGCUGUACGUAGUGGUACACGGACGUAGUGAGAAGUACAGAGCGCCUAUAAACCUUAAAGGCGCUCUAAUAUCACAUAAUAUCUACGGCUUUUCACACACACACACACAAGUGAAUGCAUGCAUACUUGGUCAACAGCCAUACAGGUCACACUGAGGGUGGCCGUAUAAACAACUUUAACACUGUUACAGAUAUGCGCCACAUUGUGAACCCACACCAAACAAGAAUGACAAACACAUUUCGGGAGAAAUAACACAACAUAAACACAACAGAACAAAUACCCAGAACCCAUUGCAGCACUAACUCUUCCGGGACGCUACAAUAUACACCCCCCGCUACCCCCUACCCACUCCCCCCCCCACUUCAACCCCGCCCACCUCAACCUCCUCAUGCUCUCUCAGAGAGAGCAUGUCCCAAAUUCCAAGCUGCUGUUUUGAGGCAUGUUAAAAA